ACUCUAAAGAGGCCCAACAUUCUUCGUCAUUUUCCAAGUAAACUCAAACCACCAGAACUUUUGCAGAAAACAAGAUGCAGCAGAGACACUCAUCUGCAUCAGGAAGGCCAUCUGGAACGGACGGCUCUGAUUUUUCCUAUCGCAUGGUCGUCGAUUCCCGGUACACAAGGGUUGCAAAAGGGAAGGCUCGUCUCUCUGCACUUAUCUUCACUCAGGCGGUCAUUCACUUGAUAGGGUCAGUUUCCACAUAUCUAUCUACAACAAAGGAGGAGGGUCCCAAUAAACUUGCUGUUUCGUCUGCUUCACUUGGCUUAAUAUCUCUUAUUUUAGGGGAAUUAGGUCGAAAGCGAAGCAAAAUCAAUUUUUUGAGAGUUUGUAUGCUUGGAUCAUCUAUUGCAAUACUUCUCUCAAUAUUUUGUGUUGUCAAGGCUAAUUCAAUUUUAGAGGUUAUUAGAAACCCAAGUGACUGGGAGGCCGAGAAGUUUGAACUUGUUGAGACUGCACGGGUUCUGGUUGGAUCACUGGUACAGGUAUUUCUGAUCAGCACUAUAAUUUCCCUCAUUGAUAACAUGUCUCCUCCCAAGAGAGCUUCUUAACGUUUCUUAGGAGAAACAGUGAGGAUGAAAGUUUGGUGGAAACGGGUUAAUUUUGGAGUGUUAAGACAGAGAGCUGGGAACAUGUCAACUUUCGAAUUUCGAUGCCUAAGCAGUGUACGAUUAUUUGUUAAAGUGAUUACCCAUUUUCAAAUUAUUGCUUGGCAACUGGCAAACCAACUUUUUAGCAUUUGAUUUGCUUAAGGAGUUGAUUGAGAUACCAUUGUUCUUCACAUUUCUGAUAUGGUAAGGGCUCUGUCCAUUCAA